GUGCGCGGUCGCUAAUAGCACAAAUGGCGAAACAGGGGAAUUUUGUUGAUCAAGCUUUCGAAUCUGAUGAUGACGAUCCUAUUAGAACAUAUGGAACUACAUCAGAAAGCAGACCUCUGACACCGGGGAAGUCACCGAGUAAUAUGAGUCUAAAAACACGUGAUGCAGAUUCAAUCACAGCGAGAAGUUACAAGAGUGUGGAGGAAGGUGGAAAAGAGUCUCUAAUUAAUUCUGAGCACCAUUCUCCAGUACAAGACCCUACUGCUUACCAUGUUAGACAAUCACAGAGAAGGUUUUCAAGUACAUGUAGCACAGAAACAUCUGAAGGAGCUAAAUCAAUUGACUCUUAUGCCAGCUGGUUGCACCAUCCGAAAUUACGUGAACACUGGAAAUUUGUAGUUGGGUCUAUACUCCUGUUUCUAGCUGGUAUAGGGUUAUUUUGUGGCGGUGUCUACGCGGCUGCAUAUACGCACAGCACAGCUCAGAGCGUUGUUUUCUUUGUUCUUGGCACCAUAUGCUUUAUUCCAGGAGUGUAUCAUGUGGUUUAUAUCUACAUGGCGAUGACCAACAAACCAGGAUACAACCUAUACCAUCUUCCCGCUUUUAAGUGAUCGCUUCUGUCUGCUGACAUGUGAUACAAAGAUGACUAUGACCGAUUAGUGGCUGACUGUGGUCUGUAGUCACAUAGUGAAUUGGAAACGAAUUCACUAUCUCCUUCCCAGCUGCUCCAUCCUCAAGUUUAUUCAUAUGGCUUUUUUUAAUAUUUGUUUAUUUUUGGUCAAGGUGCUAUGUACGUAUGACAUUAUGCCCAAUCCUGACCAUUGAAAUCCAAAGAACCGCUGGUGUAGAAUAGUCUCAAGAUUUUAUUCUAUAAGUAUAAGCCUAUUUAACGGCAUAAUUUAUGUUUUCUUUUUUAACAUGCAAAUAGUACUUCGUGGCAUAUACCUCUGUGUAUAUUCAAGCUAGAAAUCUGAACAACGUUUUGGGUGGUGGUUAUGUUAAUAGUCGCAUAUACUCUCAAAUAUAUCAUGCCAGAUGUGUUUGCUAUUUGGCAAUGUAUGUACCUAAAAAUCACCAAGGUGCAAAAAUCGAAAAGUUCUCUUCUUAGGUGGUAUAUAUGUUAUAAAAUAUUUCCUUCUCAAAUGUGCAUUCUAAAUGUGAAUACACUAGAAACUAUAUUAUGAUCUGUUCUUCUCAUCAUAGUGCAACUCCAAGCACAUACAAUGAAAAUAGAAUUAUAACCAGUGCAGUAAGGUUAAUAUCUAGUGCUGGAUGUGGUCGACUUAAUAUAAUAUAGUAUUGAGAGGUAUGGUGUGGAUGUCAGCGCUUUGUUUGAGCUGGAAACUGAUUCAAUAUUUAUUGGGAAAAUGUAAUCUCCUACUAUAAGAAUGACGUCUCAUCUGGGUGUGAUUUACUGCUAAAUAUUUGGAAAACUAUAUUGUACAUAGAUUCUAGUAUUUUGCCAGUAAUGUUUGCCAACAGAGUUAUCUUUGUGAUUGCAUGUGUCGUCUAUGACUGCUGUUACAUGGACGCUGCCAGCUGUUGCUGUGAAAAGGUCUUUUUCAUAAUCUUAUGUACAUUUUAUAAAUGAGUAAAUAUUUCGUGACUGAUGUACAUACUUUGUAUUCCAAUAUGAAAUCGGGUUAUAUAAUUGUAUGAAAUGUUAAUGUUUGAACUAGACCAGUUUAAUGCUUGAAGAGGACAAUGUUGCACGUCUGCGUAUGCCUGUGUAUGAUGUUUACUUCUACUGAGUAUAUUAUAAACUCCAGAUGUAAUAUUUUGUCAUUUUAGGUGAGAUUAUUAUAUUAUAUUAGAUAAUAUAGUGUUUUGUUACAGUGCAUAAAUAACGGUAGUCUCAUGCACUUGUAAAUGAAAUUUCUUCCAGUUUGCUCUUGAUAAAUUCUUUAUUACAGUUUCAAUGCCAAA